GGCGGAAACCAGCGACAGCUCCCAUGCUGUUACUGUCAGUGAUGAAGACCGAGCGGCUAUAACGACGAAGAACAGCCCGGUUAUUCAUUUCAUUUAGGGGCAUCCGUUAAACGGCCACGCCGCUUCUUGUGUCAUUAUACGGCCACCGAUGUUAAUUCAGUGCCCCGAUAUGGAAAAAGAAUUCAGAGAUGCAAGUUAACAUUUUGAAAGCUUUAUGGAAACAAGCUCCAUUCAUAUGAGCAGGGUUUGCGGAAUGCCGCUUGACGAGACUCCCCUUUUUGAGCCGUCUCUGCUCAGUGAGCUAGACUGGAGCAGCAACUCCGUCUCUUUCUUCCCUCCUAUCUCCCCGUCCAGUCCAGGCCAAGGCCUGGUGCUCAGGCCCCUCUGCACAGCAGACUUCAACAGAGGAUUCUACAAGGUUUUAUCCCAACUCACCCUGGCCGGGGAUGUCACUCCAGAGCAAUUCAUUAGAAAUUUUGAACAUAUGAAGAAGACGGGAGACUACUAUGUUGUGGUGGUGGAAGACACAAAUAUUGGACAAAUUGUUGCAACAGCCACACUGAUCACAGAACACAAAUUCAUCCAUUCCUGCGCUAAGAGAGGCCGGGUGGAGGAGGUAGUAGUCAGUGACGUCUGCAGAGGGAAGCAGCUUGGGAAACUGUUAGUUUCGACCCUUACUCUUCUCAGCAAGAAGCUGGAUUGUUACAAAAUCACACUGGAAUGUGCUCCCAACAAUGUGGCUUUCUACCAGAAGUUUGGCUACUCUGCCUCAGAUGAGACCUACAUGCAGUGUCGGUUCUUCCAUUGAGGCCAGAGACACUUU